AUGGAGCAGAGACAGUUAGAGAUAACAAUAGUCUCGGCUAAAGGCCUCAAAGACGUCGGCCACUUCUCCAAGAUGGACAUCUUCGUCUCCAUCGCUAUCUCCGGCGAUCUUUCUACUCACCAAAAAACUUCGGUCGACAAGGAUGGUGGGUCCACUCCCUCCUGGAACUAUCCCAUGAAGUUCACCAUUGAUGAAGCUGCCAUUCAAAUGAACGGUUUGAAUCUCAUCUUUACGCUCCGCCAUGAGCGGACCCUCGUCGGUGACAAAGAUGUCGGAGAAGUCCACGUGCCUGUCAAAAAUCUCCUCAACAAUGCUGGAGAGAGCAAGUCACCCAUCUCGGCCAAGUAUCGUGUUAGGAAGCCCUCUGGCAAAGCCAAAGGCCAAAAAAGUUUGCUUACAAAUUCGGAGCGGUUUAUAAAAAUGGCACGUAUAGUAGUAAUAUUGAAAGAUAAACUAACAAUGGCUAAGUGA